AGCGACCUGCAGGAGCACCGGCAGCGCAUCCAGGCGCUCAGCGAGGAGACGGCGCAGAGCCUCAAGCGCAACGUCUACCAGAACUACCGGCAGUUCAUCGAGACGGCACGCGAGAUCAGCUACCUGGAGAGCGAGAUGUACCAGCUCAGCCACAUCCUCACCGAGCAGAAGGGCAUCAUGGAGGCUGUGACGCAGGCCCUGCUGCUGCAGGGCGACCGCGACGAACUCCCGGGCGUGCGGGUGUUCGAGCUGUCGCCGGGCCGCUCGCUGCGGGGCGGCCCGCGCGCCACGCGCCGCGCCGUGUCCCAGCUCAUCCGCCUGGGCCAGUCCACCAAGGCGUGCGAGCUCUUCCUGCGGAACCGCGCGGGCGCCGUGCGCACGGCCAUCCGGCAGCUGCGCAUCGAGGGCGCCACGCUGCUCUACAUCCACAAGCUCUGCCACGUCUUCUUCACCAGCCUCCUGGAGACGGCCCGCGAGUUCGAGACGGACUUCGCCGGCAACAGCGGCUGCUACUCGGCCUUCGUGGUGUGGGCCCGCGCCUCCAUGCGCAUGUUCGUGGACGCCUUCAGCAAGCAGGUCUUCGACAGCAAGGAGAGCUUGUCGACUGCAGCCGAGUGUGUGAAGGUAGCUAAAGAGCACUGCGAGCAGCUCAGCGAGAUCGGGCUGGAUCUCACCUUCAUCAUUCAUGCCCUUCUGGUGAAGGACAUCAAAGGUGCUUUGCAGAGCUAUAAGGACAUCAUCAUUGAGGCCACCAAGCAUCGCAACUCUGAGGAGAUGUGGAGGAGGAUGAACCUGAUGACUCCAGAGGCCCUGGGAAAACUGCGAGAGGAGAUGAGAGGCUGCGGGGUAGGCAAUUUUGACCAGUACACUGGGGAUGACUGCUGGGUCAACCUUAGCUAUACGGUGGUAGCUUUCACUAAGCAGACUAUGGCCUUCCUGGAGGAAGCGUUGAAGCUUUACUUUCCAGAGCUGCACAUGGUUCUUCUGGAGAGCCUUGUGGAAAUCAUCCUUGUAGCUGUCCAGCACGUUGACUACAGUUUACGAUGCGAACAGGACCCUGAGAAGAAAGCAUUCAUUAGGCAGAAUGCAUCCUUCCUUUAUGAAACUGUCCUUCCUGUGGUGGAAAAAAGAUUUGAGGAAGGAGUUGGAAAGCCAGCCAAGCAGCUACAAGAUCUGAGAAAUGCUUCAAGACUGAUGCGUGUAAAUCCAGAAAGUACCACCUCUGUAGUGUAAAGUGAACUACCUGUUCUCGUGGACGGAGUGAACGCACUUGCAGAAAAUGCUGUACAUUAAAAAUAUGGACUGAGUGUUUUCUGAGUCCCCAAAAAACACUGAAGUCUUAACUGCAACCUUCCGGAAGCCGA